GAAAAAAAUGGAGAAGAGGCCGCCAUUUCUCUGGAGAUUAUUUAAACAGUACCUGGAGAACUCGAGUAUUCAUGGAUUUAAAUAUUUAGUCGAGCCGGAGAGACACUGGACCGAGAGAUUAUUCUGGACAAUUUCGUGUGGCGCGAGUAUUUGGGCAUGUGGUUUAAUGGUAAUUAAUACAAUAACAUUCGCCCUAUCCCGAGACGUAUCAAUAACAAUGGGAACUAAUUACCUGGAGUACGAAGCGGAAAUACCAGCCCUCCACUUCUGCGCAGAUAUCAACAAUCAAGCAAUAGAAACUGUUCUGGAUUAUCCACAACUUGGGGUUAAAGCAGAGAAAAUUCCCACCGAGGAGGAGCUCACCGAGAUCAUGGGGUUGAUACAACCGAGAUGUGGGGAACUCCUGGAGAAGUGCCUGUGGAAUGACGAGGAGAUCGACUGCUGCGAGCUGUUCUUUCCUCUGCAAUCGAACAGCGGAUUGUGUCUUUCGUCGAGUUCUGUCCAGACGAUGAAGCCCGGGAACAAGACAGGAUUGAGACUCGUCAUGGAUCACAGGAAGCAGGAGGGAAGGCUCACCGUCUUGCUGAAGAGUAAAAAGGGAAAACUUCCAGCUGUGGGUAUCUUGCAGGCAUGGCUGACGAAUCGGUACGAAUACCCAACAUCCGAGACAAGUCUGGAUAAAAGGGUUGAGCUGAAGGAACGCCAGUUGAUUGUUGUGGAUGUGACAGCUGUUGGAAUGAAAAAUCAACGAGAGGUGAUAGAGAUGCCAAUGUCAAAGCGAAAAUGUCGUAUGUCAUCGGAGACCGGUGGAAAUCUCUACAUGAAGCGUUACAAUUACAACGGCUGUCUGAUGGAGCACCAGAUGCGAAAUAUGCACCGCAUGUUCGGCUGCAUAAGCCACAUAUUCCCUAGGAUCCCAGAGAUGAGAGUUUGUAAUGUUUCAGAAUUGGUUGCAGGCUAUCUCUUUGUUCAGGGUGUCAAGAGUACCAGUCAGGCUGACUGCCUCCCAGAUUGCGAGGGCAUUGUCUAUGACUUUAGUCUCAAUAAAUACGAGACUGAGAAUUUUACCGGAGGGGCGCUAAUGCAGAUUGAGGUUAAUAUGUUGCCGGGGCCGAGUAUUCAGUACGAGAGAUAUGCCACCCGGUCUCUUCUUCAAGUUAUCAUAUCAGUAGGAAGUGUCGUGAGUUUAUUUAUGGGUGCCAGUCUUCUGAGUUUCAUCGAGAUCCCCUACUGGCUCCUGAUUCGCACAAAUAUCUAAUCCUGGAUCACCCUGACGUC